ACAUCCCGCCCUGUGAGAAAUUUGAACUCAAAACCAACACCACCCGACAACAAACUGCUAUUUGUCAAAAAGUCUCCUUCAAAUUCCAAAUAUUAACACAAAUUGUUGUUGUUUUCCAUAAUUCAAUUUCAAAUUUAUUUCUAAGAACCCUAAAUUUCCUCCUACUUUUUUAAAAAAAUUCCCCUAAUUACUUCAUUUCUCAUCAAUCAAAAUGUCAUCUUACGGAUUCCGAAAAGCAGCUUCUCGCUACAAUUCAUUCGAUUCCCAAACUUCACCGUCAUCAUCCACUGAAUUCAAAUCAACUUCUUCAAACCCCAAAUCAUUCCUCAAAAAUGAAGCUCCCAAAACCAAUUCAAUCGUUAAACUUAAUUCUACCAAUAAUGUCAAAACCGAGCAGAAUUUUGCUUCUAUGGUGAAGAAAUUCAUGGAGAAGAGAUCGGUUUCGAGCUCCAAGGUGAAAGCGACGAGAAACAAUGGUGAUCGAGCAUUGCCAUUGAUCAUUCCAGCUGAUUUUAUAGCAGAGGACUUGAAGAAAUCUGCGAGGAAAGGAUCAAAUUUGAGUGCUCUUCCGAAGAAACUGUUUGGUAAAAGUUCGAGUUCGAGCUCGGGUGAAAAGAAAGUGAAGGCGUUGACGGAGGUGAAGGCGAAUACGAGAACUUUAGCAAUGGUGCUCAGGAGUGAGAGGGAGCUUCUGAAUUUAAAUAAAGAUCAGGAGACUGAGAUUUCUGAACUCCACUCUUUGCUCCAGGAACGCAAUCUUGAAGUGGAGAAGUUGAAGAAUUUGUGUUUGAAGCAAAGGGAAGAGAUAAAGGGUUUGAAAAGUGCCAUCUUAUUUCCGGAUGAGAUGAAUUCUCAACUUCAAGAGCUUUUAGAGAAGCAAGGUUCCGAACUCAAUCAAGCAAAGCAAGUCAUUCCAACUCUUCAGAGGCAGAUUUCUUCCCUCACGGGUCAGCUACAUUGCCUUUCAGAAGAUCUUGCAGAGGUGAAGGCAGUGAAGUUUACUGGCAAGUCGUGCAUUGAUGCCAAUUUUGGCUCACCAAGGACACCAAUAUAUGAUCAAGAAGAGGCUGCAAAUUCCUUGGAUUUUAGCGAUGAUGAUCCAACAACUCCUGACAGUCCAGAUGACAUGUUGCUGAAGGAUGUAAACCCAUGCUUGACACCUUGCUAUUCAAAGAUGAAAUCGAAGGAAUAUGGGGUAAUGAGGUGUGAAUAUAUUGAAGAAGAGGUUUAUCAAGUGAACCAGGAAGCUAGUAAACUGUCAAGAAGUUCUGAUCAUUUUAGAAGUUUGAGACCAGGGAGCAUCACAACUCGUCCAAAUUUUCGCAGGUCUGAUGAAAAUAAAUUCAGAUAUGGAAAUAGAAUGGACCAUCAAGUUCUCUGAAAUUCUGAAUUACUUCGCCUCCUAAUAUUUCCUUUUUCAUCAUAACUUUUUCUUAUUAUUUGCUGUCAGUUCUAAAUGUUAAAUGGUGGCUUGGACAGUUAUCCUCUAUGUAUUAAUCCGAUUAUCGUCGA